UUAUCCGGGAGAUCCAGACUACAGCUGUGUCGUCAUUUUAGAGUCUAUUUGCGAUGAGUUACUCUGUUUCUCUAUUCGGGUUGGCCGUUUUGGCUUUACUGUUUGCUGGCUACAUCGCUCAGAAUCGCCUCCCACCGCCGGUACCUCGAAUAAUCGGCAUUGAUCUUGGCACGACGUUCUCUUGUGUCGGAGCUUAUCAUGCCAAAUCGGGACACGUUGCGAUUCUGGCCGACAAACGAGGACGCCGGGUCAUUCCCAGUGUAGUGGCGUAUGACGUGUCAUCGAGGAAGUGGGUGGUUGGAGAGGAUGCUGUGAUGAUGCUGAAGUCUAAUGCCAGAAACACUUUCUAUGAUGCGAAACGCUUUAUUGGAAGAUCAUUCGAAGACAUCGAUUUACUUGAUACUAAAGAGAGAUACUCGUUUGAGGUAAUGAAUGUCAAUAAUUCUCCGUACUUUGGUGUAGAGGGUGGUCGUCCAGUGAGCCCGGAAUAUGUUGGCUCUUUGAUUCUCUCCGAACUGAAGCACACUGCAGAGUCUCGUUUAGGCGUUGUGAUUUCGAAGGCCGUCAUGUCGGUUCCGGCCGAGUUUGAUGAUCGACAGAGAAAUGCGACGAUUAAGGCUGCAGAGUUGGCUGGGCUCGAGGUGCUGAGAGUGAUCAACGAGCCCACGGCUGCAUCGUUGGCUUACGGUCUGAAUAAGAAGGCUCGUGUAUCGAAUGUUUUGGUUGUCGAUGUUGGAGGAGGAACGCUCGAUGUAUCACUACUCAAUGUCCAAGGUGGCAUGUUCCUUACUAUGGCCAUGGCGGGCAACAACAGACUGGGUGGGCAGGAUUUCAAUCAGCGUCUUCUAACGUAUGUUUUAGGAGAGAUUAAGAGGUUGUAUGGUGUACAUGUGACUAACGUCAACGACUUGCAGCGUUUAUCUCAGGCUGUAGAAAGCGUUAAGCUCGAUCUUACGAACAAGUCCGUUUCACGUUUGCCUCUCACUUUGUCGUCUUUGAAUGGAAAAGAGGCAAAAGACUUGGAGAUAUCUCGUCGUGUAUUUGAGGAAGUAAACAGUGAUUUGUUUCUGAAGGUGCUCGAUCCGAUUAAAUAUGUACUUCAGACAGUAGAGAUGGACGUGACAGGGGUAGAUGAAGUCGUUCUAGUUGGUGGCUCGACGCGUAUUCCCAAGAUCAGACAGUUGAUUAGAGAUUUCUUUGGAGGGAAAGAACCUAAUGUUUCUGUGGAUCCAGAUCUGGCCGUCGUCUCCGGUGUGUCAUUACAGGCGGGCAUUAUUGGUGGAGCGUGGCCGUUACAGGUUGCUGCUGUAGAGCGGAAGAGAACAGGAAUAAAGAAAUUUAGAAUUGAGUAGAGAGAGAGAGCGAGAGAGAGACAAUGGUUAAUAUUUGUCUUAUAUUGGGCAAUAAAUUUUAUAUAUUGUU